AUUUGAUUAAAAUCAUUAGAAAAUGAUCAUGAUUCAUGAAGAUGAAUCUUGGGUCUCCUCUCCCCUAUUUCGUCCCUUCGCUGCAAAACCAUCCUCAACAGCAAAGUCCUUCGCUGAAUCUGAUAAAAUAAUGCUCUCUUCUUUACCUGCACUUGCAUUCUCAUACAGAAACUCCAUUCUCCAAGCGGCGCUCGCUCUUUCACUCACUUUCCUCCUCUACUUCUUCAAUAUCUCGGAUUUGUUUCUCCAUGGCCUCUUCACCUAUGUCCACCCAGACGAUGUCAACCCCGCCCCUUCAUCAAAUGGUGUCAGGGCUGCGAUUCGACGCCCAGGUAGUGUUGAUUCUGAACUCAGACCUAGAAAAAAACCCUCCAAGGAAAAAUUUGAAUUCGAUGAAACUAAAGCUCAGAUCUUUAGGCUAAAGCUCAUCGGCUCUCACCUCCAAACGAGAAUUUAUUUCAGUGAGUUCAAAAGUGCUUUCAAUUCCACUGUCUUAGCUCUUUCUUGCUUCUUGCUUGACCUGUUCUUGGGGAAAUCCGAAGAUGCCGGGUUGUUCGGGAACGGAUCUAUUGUUCCUAUCUUAUUAGGAUGUUUUGCAUUAUGUAGGAUGUCUACCUCAUUAGCUAGGACUGCUUUUGAGAGGUCGGCUUCCAAGAGUAUAGAGAAGAAAUUGACUUUUUUGGUUGGGGUUUUAGGGUUUGUCUUGGGACUAAUCGUAGUAUCUGGGGUUGUCCCAAAAUGGAUUCUUGAUUUUAGUUGCGGAUCAUUGGAUGGUUUUGGGAAGUUGAUAACUUCUGUUUUCAUGGGCUGCAUUGCCGGCCUCCUUUGUACACCAGCAUUGAGGGCAGCCCGGUCAUUUUGGCUUGGAACGGAUCAGAUUCGUUCUAAUUUGUCAAUAAUCUCUUGUGGAUGGUUUCCAAGAAUGCUUCUUUACAUUAACUAUUUCUUCAAUGUUUUUACUUCAUUGCUUUGGAUUACUCCUUUCUCUGAAAUACUCGUGGACAAGAAUUUUGUGGGAAUGUGUAGAUCAGACUUUGAGAGAUUUAGACAUUGGUGUUUAUUAGCUUCGGGCAUUCUUCAGAUUUUGACUCUUCGGUCAAACGUGCAAAUGUAUUUGAAUGAAGCAGUGUUAUGUUGGUACCAAAGAUUGCAUUGUAGCAAAGUGCCCGAGCUGGAGUAUAGUAGGGCAAAGGUUUUCCUUCACAACCAUUAUCUAUGUCUUGUGGCUUUGCAGUAUUUUGUUCCUGCAGCUAUGGUUCUUCUCUUCAAUGGCUUGUCUGUAAUUGGUCGUGAUGGUUGUAGCUUCUUGCCUUGCGCAUGGCUGGAUAAAGAAUUGGUUUUGUUCAUGGCUUGGUGGAUUGUGUCUGUUUGGGCCAUUUUUAAUUCUUUGGUUCUGGGAUUGUAUCGACACGGAAUCUUGUUUGUUUCCUAAUGAUUUUUCUGUUUUGGGAAAAGAUAAUUUAUUCCUUCCACGAUUUGGAGAUUUAGAAGAGAUGGGUAAAUCACACAAUUCCAAUGGAUUUGCAUUUUCUCUUUGUAUAAAGGAUUUUGCUUGGUUUCAAUUCUUUUGCAAGUGCCAUUGAUGAGGAUAAUGUUGAGUACUAGGGUAUAGCUAUGGAGAAUGUAGUUGCUGAAGAUCCAAUUGCUUUUGCUGUUGGUGAAUAGACUAAGCUUACUCUUGUUUCUGGUUUUUAAAAAUGUAAAAAUCAUGAACAUGAAAAUGAUUCCACUGCCAUAAUCAUUUGUUAUUAGUUGCCCAUUUGAAUUUUAUUACUUGAUUAGUUUUACCAACUAAUCCAUCCAUACCAAAAUAUAUGAGACAUCUUUUAUUCUGUUUAAU